AUGCAUAGUUCUGGUGGUGGAAGUGGCAGCUGUUCCAAAGACAUGGCGAUGGAGUUAGGAGAUGAGCCCCAUGUUUUAGUUAUGGAUGAUAGCCUCAUUGAUAGGAAACUGGUUGAAAGAUUGCUCAAGAACUCCGCUUGCAAAAUGACUACAGCAGAGAAUGCACUGAGGGCUGUGAAUUAUUUGAGACUGGGAAAUGAUACAUUGGAAGGCACUGUUUCUGAGGUCAAUAUGAUAAUAACAGAUUACUGUAUGCCUGGAAUGACCGGCUAUGAACUGCUCAAGAAAAUCAAGGAAUCAUCCGUUCUCAAGGAAGUCCCUGUUGUAAUCAUGUCAUCCGAAAACAUACCAACUCGUAUCAGUCAGUGCUUGGAGGAAGGUGCAAAGAUGUUCAUGCUAAAGCCACUGAAGCGGUCUGAUGUGAAGCAACUCAAAUGGCACUUGAUGAAAUGCAGGAACUGA